AGACAACCUUGGAACAUUAAACAUUAAGAGUUCAGUUCGUGACCACAUUGUGACAACUACGAACCUACUCCUAAAACCUCGUCCAUCAACCACCAACCACAGAUGAUAUCACAAUAGUUUUGGUGGAGGAUUAAAAUGGCGCUUAGAGGGAAUAUAACGCCAAAGACUAUUAUGGCACCUGCAGCCGCCUUCACCAUGGCAUGUGUCUUGUUUGUCUACACCCGUUCUUCUAUGAGAGAGGCCAAGCGCAAUGCUCAACAUGAACGGGCGCAAAAAAGAAAUCAGCCAAGCGGGCCAAGCGGCAGGGCAGAGUAAAGAAGAUUGAAGCGGACCAGGUUUCUAUCUUGCAGGAUGAAUCUCACCGCUUCUCUUUUGCGCCAUGUUAUAAAUCAUUUCGCCACAAAGUGAAACGCGGACGUCGAUGAGACCAUAUGAUGCAAACUCGAUUGGCUCAACGUGCUUCGCCGGAUGGUAUUGGGAGAGAGUAGGCCUCCGAAGAAAAGACCUCAUGGAAAAACAAGAAUGCUAUUAAGGCCCGACCAUCAUAGUGUGAAGGAGGGAAAUGUCAUAAGAAUGACUAGCUGAGCCCGUUGGUGUAGGAUCCUAUGGGACCUAUUAUCCAAGGUUGUCUUCGGGUGUUACAACCUCUUUCGUUAGAGAACGCCAAUAGGAUAAUCGUCUCUUUCCUGAAUGUGAUAGACAAUGACUAUUGAUUGGUUAUUCGGAUUACGAAUCGAUCGAGGAUGUGAUAUCGAGGAGUAAAGAAUUCGAAUUCAGGGUCGGGCGUUAUUUUAUAUUAUUCGACUCAGGGUACCUAUUGUUGUACCUAGCCCGCGUGUAUCAACAAUUAUCAUAACUGAAGCCACUGACUGACAACUGCUAGAGACCCCACUACAACCCCUGUCACGGGUAUCUUACGUGGAUUUUUAAGCUCUAAGGCACACCUGCUUGGUAACAUUUAGCGUAGAGUUAAUAGGUAUUAGGUGGUAUUAGGUAAUGGGUUCUACGUAAUUGUCUACCUGUCGCAAACC